AUGAACCCCACUUCGAAUUCGUUGGCUACGAACUCGGACCCAGCUCCACCUUUCGUGGCUCCACUUCCAACUCCUCCUACAUCGUCGAUCGCGCUGCCCCGUGUAGCGAGUAGUACGACCAAGGUCAGUCCGCCGUUCCCCAACCCCCGGACCUCCUCGUCGAGUCGUCGCACCGCUCGCCGUAGCUCGCCGUCGUGCAUGUGCGGCGCACCAGCUGGUGCUGACCCUGUCCCCUUCCUCUUGAUCUCCAGUUUGUUCCAUCGACCAAACCCCAACGGAGGACCAAAGUGUUCCACGCCGUCGACUUCUUUGCGACAGCAGAUGGCCGUGAAGCCGGCUUGGUCAGUCUGGUCGUCGUAACGUUGAGAGCAGGUUUCUGAACCUUCACCGGAACCCGACCUCUGAUACGCGCUUUCACCCUCGUCAGAGAUUCCUACAAUACUCGCUCCGCUUCAUCCGCUUCAUCCUCUACUUACGUCGACACAAGCUAUCGACGCCCCUGUUGAGCCGCUUAUUGGCGCUCGUGUCGACGCUCUCGGCGAUCCGUCGACUCGUCGCCUUGGUCGAUCUUACGCGCUACAUCUACCAUUCCUGGGACCCCUUCCACCACCUCCGGAAUCGGCGGAAAGGCAAAGGCAAAAGUGCCCAUCCCGAUGAUGACCCGUCGUUGUCCUCAAGUUGGGGUCUCGUCCCCGAACUUUCGACCUUGUUGCACCUCACUCGUCAAUCAUUCGACCUCGUCUCGACUCUUUCGGACAACAUCUACCUCUUUUCGAAACUGAAUCUGAUCCCCUUGUCAAAACGACGCACGCGUCAGGCCGAUCGAAUCGCUGAUGUCGCGACCUUGAUGGCUGCGUUGAUUGGCUUGCUCCAAGUUGCGAGAUCGAGGCAACAAAUUUGGGACGAAGGCAGGGCCGCGAGGAAGGAGGCCAUCAAGUUGGAGGAACGACUCGAAUCGUUCGAGUGUUGGGAACCUUCGUCUUUGAAGGUGGUAGAUGUAGGGGAACCGUCGGGUACGGAAGGCGUCGGAGUCGGAGAAGAGUUGCGGAACGGAUUGAGGCAGGAGCGGAGGCUGGAGGAGAAAAUGCUGAGAGAGCGAGUGAGGAACGAGAGAAGACGGUUGAAGGCUCUCAGAGAGGAGUUGACCGAUUUGUGGUGGGAGAGGUUGAGGUUGACGAGUGAUGGCGUGUUCGCUGGUCCGUUCCGCUGGGGUUCUGUUUCUUCGGUCAAUGCAGGCAGCGCAGAUUUUGACCCCGCCGCGUUUGUUCUUGUCGACAGUGUGGGAUGUGCUUGAUUUGGAUGUCAUGUCGGAAAUGAUCAAGAGUUGGGCUGGAUUGACCUCGUCGGCCAUCAUGUGCGUCGCUUUACCUCGGCGGCACCUUGUCGUUCCCAAGCUGACGAUGUCUCCGUAUGUCCCCGCCGUCCGACAGGAUGUCACAAGCAUGGAGGGAUUUUGUACCCGUAACGAGGAAGUUAUAG